AUGAAAAACACGAAGGGGGAGGGGGGGGGGUGACUGUUCGUGUGUUAAUGAGACACAAGCAAGGCUUGCUAUCUAUGUUCUGGUCUUCGCCUUUCCUUAUCUGCACGGACAGAAGAACUUGGUACAACAACCUGCCGCGGUCGAUAUCUUUCCUAGAAACGUCCUAAGCAACUCGACCCAGGUGCAGGGACUACAUCCCAUUCUUCUGAGGACCAGCUGAAACAGAAGCCUAAGACGUUUGGACAGACCACCUGAAUAUGUUUAUUUAUUUAUUGUAAUAUAUGAAUCAUUUUUAAUAUUUCUGUUCGCCAAUUGAGACUAUUAGAAACAUCAGUAAUUAGCGAAGUUACGCGUUCAUUAUGGGAUCCUCGAUUUUAAUGCUUCUGCUACUAGCGGCAGCGACGAUCGAGCCCAACGCUCACGCCCAGUCCUGUCAUUCAGGACAGUUCACCAGCACUGGGGAGUGUUGUCGUCAGUGUCAGCCUGGUGAGGGCAUGGUGAAACAAUGUGGACGACAGCAGACCGUCUGUUCGCAGUGCCUGGACAGCGAGACCUUCUCCGAGAACUACAGUCAUACGGAGGUCUGCCAGCCCUGCACCAAGUGCACGGGCCUAAUGCGCAUGCUGACGCCCUGCACCGACUCCAAUGAUGCCAUCUGCGUGUGCGACUACGGCUACUUCAUGAGUGAGAUGACGGGAAAAUGCGAGCCCUGCACGCUGUGCCCCGUGGGCAUUGGCGUGCUGCUGCGGUGCGAGUACGACCGCGACACGAUAUGCGAGGAAUGUAUCGACGAGACCUACUCAGAUCAGGAAAGCUCUCUGGAUCCCUGCCUGCCCUGCUCCAUCUGUGACAGCACCCUGGAUGUAGAGUUGCAACCCUGCAGCAAAGUCAAAGACACUAUGUGCCAAGCCAUAAAUCCCACUUAUCCAUCAGCCUCACCUGAGCCAUCGAUGUUCCCCUUCUUCUCGGAGAAUCCUAUGUCAGUGCCCCCCCCCGAUGGUGCCACCACAGCCAUGCCUAGUUCCCCGAAGCCCUUUGGUCAGGGGCUGAACAAAAAACUCAUCCCCAUCUACUGCUCCAUCCUGGCUGCGGUGGUAGUGGGUCUGGUGGCCUUCAUCGUCUUCAAGAAGUGGAACAGCUGUAAGCAGAACAAGCAAGGGUCAAACAACUGUGCAGUGAGCCAGACCCCGUCCCCUGAGGGGGAAAAGCUGCACAGUGACAGUGGCAUCUCGGUGGACAGCCAGAGCCUGCAGGAGCAGCAGCAGCAGCAGCAGGUGCAAGCGCAUACAGUGGUGAAGAUAGAUGGAGAGAGCAACCUUACAAUACCGCCCCACAAGUGUGAAGAAGUAGAAAAACUGCUCAACCAAGGCUGUGGAGGUGAGGGCACAGGGGCAGAGGAUGACACAGACUGGUGCAACCUGGCGGGGCUGCUGGGAUACGAAGACAAGCACAUCAACUCUUUUCGUCAAGAGGAACACCCAGUCCGAGCCUUGCUUUCUGACUGGGCUAGCAAGGACUGUGCCAGCUUAGAUGCACUAUGUUCAGCCCUGCGCAAGAUCAACAGGGAUGACGUCGCUCAAAGUCUCAUUACAGCCACCUCCGCGGUGUGAUAGCCUGGCUUACCCUGUCAUUUCUCUCAAAAAAAUCCCAGUCCAAUAACGUUAACCCUCAUCUUUCAUGCAAGUAGUUGGUUAAGUGGGUAGGUGAGAGGGCUAGAUAACACCAAGAAAGGUUUUGGAGGUACAAGGAACAAUGAUGGAGAGACCUGGCAAAAAGUAAGCGUAACUAAACUUAUUAGGGUAAUGGUUUCAAAAGAAGGAUUUCAUGAAGACCCCCCUCCAUUUCCCUUGAACAAACAUCCAUUGGGAAAGGUGGGGGUUUUGUCUUGAGUGGUCUUGAGCAUUACCACUGGUUGAGGUCUUGGGUGGUCUUCCCAUUCCAUUUCUUUUAGUUUCUUUACUCUCUCAUGUGUAUCACUUUCUGCCAUUGCAUUUCUAUCAGUCAAUGCACCAUGACAAUCCAGUAUUUACACCUCUUCCUACUUCUUAAAAAGCCACCUGUUCUGUGCUGUUAGCAUCUUGUUAUAACCGCACCCACAUUCAUAAUGGCAUUUAUAUUCUCCAUUUCUUCCUUUAUUAGGAAUAUGAGCCAUAAUGCUGUCUAGCUGUUCCUUUAGCUACAGUGAUAGCAAACGCCUGUUCUUUCGCUCCUUCUUCCCUUUAAGUUUGGUCUCCCUUCUGAAUCAGCUCAGGAAAGUAGCUUGCAGUAUUUUCUGGGAAUAUCAAUCAAUUGACAGCUUGGUAUUCCAGUUCUUCUGCCUUCUUUUUAUAACUGUUUUUAUUCUUCCUCAAGCAAAAAAACGAAAGAUGCGUUAACGUCAAUGUACAUUUUGUAAAGUACUGUAAGCCAUUGUUUGUGAGUAUGUACUAGGUGUCUGUGGCUUAAACUAUACAGAUAAAUACCUGCUUUUCUGAUUUACAUGGACCUUAAAGAUUAACCAGACAUGAACAACAAAUUAGAAGGUCAAAUGUUAAGCUACAGACUACAGAAAUGUUAGGCUGAGUGGGUACAACAAUGGUUUUUACUGCCAGUGUUAAAAGAUAGCGAAAACAUGUUUAAACAAAAGAUUUAUAACAGGUGACUGACUCAAAUUCAAAAAGUUAGUUAGUUACGUUAUAUUUUUAUUUUUUAAAAUUUAUAUGUGAGUCAGUGCAGAUAAUGAGCAAUGCAACAAGACGAGCUUAGUGUGAAAGUGUGGGGCUAACCUAUACAGAGUAAUUUGUCUGUAUAACAUAAGGCUCGUUCAUUUGAAUACAAAUACAACACGCAUGCAGGAAGUAGGAAACGAUUUUUAAAGGGUCACUGUGCUGAAAUUAGAAAAAAAAGACCAGCUAUGGUAGAUGGAAAAGGGUCUUCUUUUUUCCCAUCCUUAGAUUAUAUUCAUAUAAUCAAUACCUAAAGUGUGUCAGUAACAGUGAAGAUACAUACAUGAAAUAUUGCAUAUUAUGUAUUCUGGGCAAAGAUUAAUUUCUUUUUGUAUGUGUUAUAGAUGGCAUGCGAAAAUUCAUUAUAGUAUAAUAUGUUGUUUACAGGAACUACUUAGAGAUGCAUAUAACAACACUGUGGCCUUAUCUGUAUGUAAGACAGUAUUUUAUAUAAUGUACAUUAAUCGUAAACUAUAGCGAACAAAUUCAUAGGUACAGUACUGCAUUGCAACAGAUUUUAAUGCUUCAGGAUCAACAGAACAUCAUUCCUCAGGGUCCCACACAUAUGGCUUGACAUUUGCUUGAUAAGCUUAUUGCCUGUAUUCCUAUUGUAUUGAUGGUAAAGGUAUGAAUAGUCUCAAUUAUAUACAGAAUAGUGAGUAAAAGAAUUUAGUGGGAAACAGGUAUUAUUUAAAGGAAAGAGCUGUCUCUAUCAGAGGUGUCCAGAGUGACUGAGGAUGCACACAGACUGCGGCAGUGUGAUUAGUGCACCCCCAGCGUAAGGAUUGUUCAUUUCAGUUCAUUUUCAUCUUUCAUUUCAGGUAGAAAAAUAAAAGACAGAGACAAAAAUUGAAUAUGUGCAUUAUGGUUGAUAAACUUGCUCUGGUAACUUCAAGCUUUUUGGCUGAAGCUGGGCUUGGGAGUCAGGGGAAGCUGGCUGGGGCAUCCCGAGAGGGGAUGGACUACAUAAACCUUACAUUGUCAGCAGAGGGAGGCAAGGCUGUUACUGCAAUCUGAGGGCACAGUUCAAAUAAGUGUUUUCACAUUCACAGUGGUGAUCGCAUUUCGAAACAAAUGAUCACAUGUUGGAGAGGCUUAAGAUACCCAGAUAUGAAAUUAUAAUUUACAUUUAUACUCAGGGUAGAGAAAUUUGCUAAAAACUUAAAACCUAUUUACACACUCCAACUACACCCACACACACACACACACACACACACACACACACACAACUGUACUCAUAUCAUAGUGGGAACUGUCCGUUAAUUUCUAUGGACAAAACCCUAAUCCCAACCAUGGCAAUCUUAACCCCUACCCAACCCUAACCUUAACCCUAAGUAACCAAACAAUUUACAAGCCUUUUAGCAUUUUUAUAUUUUUGAUUGCAGUCACAGAUUUUUAUAAAAUGGAACUUCAGCUUGUGGAGACCAAAAAAAUGGAGACCAGUGGCAAAACAACAGGUUUUAUAACAUUGUGGGGACAUUUGGUCCCCACAAUGUAAUGAUGUAUAUCUCACCCCUCUCCCAACGACACAUACACACACACAACUGUUCUCUUCUGAGAAUGACUUGACAUUUUAGAAAGAGGGUGCUUGCUACCGUUCAUUGGCUAAUCUACUUUGAACAGCAACUAUGUGUAAAUGGCUACAGCAUUUGCUGCAGUGGGGACAACCUGAGGGCUACCUGAAUAUUUAAUUUCAGCAAAUGAUAUUAGAGCAAAUCAUAUUUAAACAUAGUUUAUGACGGAAUAGUGCAGUGCCAUUGCCCCUAGUGUCAUUAUGAUGUCAUUCUAUUCUCAAUCAUCUGUACAAAUAUGAUUCUAAAAUGACAGGCUCCAGAAA